GAGGUCCAGUCUCUGCUGAUUAACUGGAAGGGAGCAGAUCUGUGCACAUACGGUGAGCUGGUUCUGGAGGGAACGUUUCAUGUCCAGCGGGCGAAGAACGAGCGAACGCUGUUUCUGUUCGACAAGAUGCUGCUCAUCACCAAGAAGAGAGGAGAGCACUACGUCUACAAGACACACAUCUCGUGCUCCACUCUGAUGCUGAUAGAAAGCGCCAAAGAUUUGCUUCGCUUCAGUGUGACCCAUUACAAACACCCGAAGCAGCCGCACACGGUUCAGGCCAGGACAGUGGAGGAGAAGAAGCUCUGGGCUCAUCAUAUAAAGAGACUCAUUCUGGAGAAUCACCACGCUGUUAUACCACAGAAAGCCAAAGACGCCAUUCUGGACAUGCAUUCAGCAGGUCCUGUAAAGUAUCGCUACAGUCCAGACAGGCUGAAGAGCACGUCGUCGUGUCAGAGUGAAGAUUUCGCUGCAGACGCUGUGAAGCAGCGCAGACGCUCUGAACCGGCAAAACGAAGUGUCCGGAGCAGUAAAGACACACUUAAGCAUGCAGACAGUGAAGGAGCUCUGCUAGCCGAUAAACAGCAUCUUUCUGCACUUCAUGCUGACAACUCAAACCCAGACCAGGCUGAAAACGGACACGACUCGAGCUCAGGUUCUCUGGAUGAAGUCAAAGCGGUCCGAGAUGAGACUGGAGAGCAGGGGCUGAUGGGAAAUGAAGAGCAGGGGCUGAUGGGAAAUGAGCAGGUAGCAGAUUUUGCCAGUUCCGUAAUGGCCGCUAUCUCCUGCUGGCGCUAUAGAGCCAAGGCUUUGCUUUCUGAUCACGUCACAACGGAUAGAGAAGGUUGUUGGGAGAACUGGUCAAUGAAUAAGAGUGGAAAAACACCUGAAGAAAAGCAUGAAGACAACAGCGAAGAAUCACUGAUUGUCUUCGGACAGGCAACAAGGGAGCACAGUUCAUCAAAGGUCUUCUCUCUUCUCAGUGAGCCAGAGGACACAGACAUGGACCAAUCCGAUAAUUAUGCAGAAAUGUGUGGAACAGUAAUGGCAGGAUGCCACACUGAAGCAGAGAUUGUAGACCUAAGUAAUGGAGGACAAAAAAAUGGAGAUAAUAUGAGGAACAUGGUUGAUUUCUCAUCCAAAGCUAGACUAGAAAUGCAAGAAAAGAAAGUAGAGACUCCAUCAAACGAUGUAAGGAAGAUUGAGGUAGAAGAAAACACUGCAGUAGUUGAUAGCAACUUGUGUUCGUACAUGCUGGACAAGCCAAGAAAUAUCUCAGAACAACAUUCCAAUAGCCUGUCUCGAAAAAGUAGUUUAGGAGUCGAAGAGUUGCUUGACUUGCAUUGUCCAUCUUCUCAAUCCGAAAGUAGAAGAAUCUUUGAGCAUCCUGAAAAUAAUCCUAAAUCCCAAGAGUUUUCACAAUUGACUCAAGAACCCAGCAUUCCUGACAAUCCUUCCAAAACAGACCAAAGUUAUCCAAAAAAGCAAGACACCCUUUCCAAAAAGGACAGAUUGCUUAUACAUAAGAUUAAACACUACUAUGAGCAUGCAGAGCACCUGGACGCCAACUUUGCUAUUAAACGAAGAGAGAGUCUUUCGUACAUCCCUCCUGGUCUAGUCCGAAAUCUUAGCCAACAGCUGAAUGGUUUUGUGGAUGAAGAUUUGCCAUUGCAAAGAAGGGGGUCUUCAAGGCCUACUUUAUGGUCCGUCUUUAAUCUACCUGGGUCGGAUAGUGACAAGAAAGCAAAGGACAACUCUGACUUUGUGGUUCCAACAAGUGGCAAAGAGUCUGAAAGGACUGAGCAAUUCCAGCCGGCCUCAAACAUGGUUAGGGUGUGGCAAGAUAUGGAAGUGGAGAUUAUUGGGCCUUCAGAAGAACGUAGGGGAUUAGAUGACUCCCAAAUAUCUAUACCUGUUCAAGAGAAGAAAGAAGAAACUAGAGAUAGUGGACUCGGGGAACCGUUAAUAAUCUUGGAGGAGUCUGAUGAAAGUUCUACCUCGUCCCCCAUCCCCAAGAUUCCUCAAGAAAAUGAGGAAUACAAGUCUCAAGAGCGCCACAGGGUGAACCACCCUCCCCUGCCAAGAAUGAUCUCUUUACGGGCUGCCAGUGAGGAUGACCUUAUCUUUCAAGAUAUGGAGAAGAUGAAAAAUAAAGUAUUCCAACUGGCCAGGCAAUACAGUCAGCGAAUCAAAAACAGCAGACCGAUGGUAAAGCAGAGAGCCAAGAUCUCGGAGAGCCAUUUUAUGCCUAAGAGUUUGUCAUCGGUCAUAGAGGAGAAACCUCUGGAAAAAGAGAAAGGUAUGCCUGACAGGACACUGUUGCUGACCUUGAAUGACCAGGACAAUAUCACAGACUCUAAGAGUACUAGUUCAUCUUCCAGCCUCUGUUCUCCUGGAAGUCCUCAAUUGCCGUACAUUUGCAGAUUUUACCCCCAGAGACCACAAAGUCCAGUACAAACCGAGACCUUUCACUGGCCUGAUGUCAAGGAGUUGUGCUCCAAAUAUAACAACCAUAGGCAUGAUGGCGUGUCCGCAUCCUCUCGCUUCUUCCCAAUGGGUCGCAGUACUUCUUUCCCAGAAAGAUUUCAGGACAGUGGAUUGGAAAAGUCUGCAGCAUCACGUUCAUUGUCAUGUUCAUCCCAUUUCUGUAAUUUGACAGUACAAAAAACUACAUCCACAGAUUCUACAUGCUCCAACAAGACCCUUGAAGGUAAAGGUUUGCCUUCAUUGUGUAGAGUUAAUGCUGUAGACUUUGGUGUGGGGAUGCCAGACGCAUUUGAGCAACCGGAAGACAUCCCUUCUGCUAAAAACAACCUGAUUUUAGUUGAAAGGGCAACGGGAGGGGAGGAAUAUAAUGAGAAUCAGAGAUCAAGAUUAGAUGCUGUUUCACAGGAUGAAAUGGUGAACAGUAAAGAGCAACACUUUGGUGAGUGGAUAGAUGACGGUCAUCCGUCGUUUUUGUUUGAGCAAGCAGAACACAGUCAGCAUAGUUUGGUUAAAAACCUGCGGGAUAAAUUCCAGAACUUGAGUUCUUACAUGUGAGACUUGCAAUAAUGCAAUGUUUUUACAGUAAACACUCAAUGUAAAGGGCUAGUUCAUCUAAAAUUGAGAAUUCUGUUAUUAAUUACUCAAUGUCAUGUCAUUCCACUCCCAUAAGACAUUUGUUUAUAUUUUGGACGCAAAUUGAGAUACUUUCGAUAAAAUCAGGAGCUCCCUGAUUGUCCAUAGGCUGCAAGGUUCCAGAGAUGUUCAGAAGAAGUCUAGAAAAGGAAACAUUGUCGAAAUAUUCUUUGUGACUUCAACUGUAAUCGUAUGAAGCUCUAAGAAGGAAAGUAAAAAUUACCUUGUUCGUUAACGCUCUCCUCGUCAGGUCCAUGAAUAAAGGACAUAUAACACUUGCGUGUUGCAUUGCUGAUUCUAACGGCGAUACUUUAUUUUCCAGUAAUAAAUACAUGCUCACCUGAUGCGAAAGAAAAGAUAUAAGUGAACUAAAGUUUUUACAGGUUUUUUGGUGCACAAAAGUGUUCUUGGAGCUUCGUAUAAUUACAUAUGAAGUCAAAUAGACAGUUUUGACAAUGUUUUUGGUUCUUUUUCUGGACUUUGAGCUUCUCUGGAGCAAGAGAGAGCUCCAGGAUUUCAUCUAAAAUAUCUUAAUUAGUGUUAUGAAGAUGAACGAAGGUCUCAGGAGUUCGAAACAACAUGAGAGUAUUAAUAUUAAUAGCAGACUUUAAUUUUUUGGGGGAACUAACCCUUACAUUGCAUUUUCUUUUUUGUCUAAAUCAGGCGUUGACCACUGUAUGUGAGAAGCAUUGGACUGCUCAACCUUUAUGUUUUUGGAAGAUAUCAUAACCUCCAAUCGGGAAUUAUCAGCAGAUAUCACACACAUUAAAAGGGACACAUGAGGACCUCAAUAUAUAUUUAUAAACUAUGCAUUUGUAAAUAUAUGUACAUUCAAAUUUCCAUGCAUUAUUUUUGUACAUAUUUCAAUGAGAUGUAAGCAUUUGUUAAAGUAGCUAGCUAUUGUAUUAUUUUUAAAAAGUGCUUAGAUGCAUUGUUUUUCUUUGUUAUUUUGAGGAAGGCCAUGUAAAUCAUUCAGUGCACACCACAAAUGCACCUAAGCUUGCAGUUAGCUUGCAAAAGCACUGCGAUAUUACAUGCGAUCUGCUAGUCAUAGUGCAUGAGUUAUUUCGAUGUCUCUUCACUGUUUGUGUUCAAGCUCUGACCAGAGGAAAGAGGGUAAUCUCAUAAAGACGUCAUUCCGCACUAAUGAGGAAAAAACUGGAAAUUAUAAUCAGAUUAAGCCUGAUGAAUGAUAAACAACGGCGAAGGCUGGUGUAGUUUUCAAUCUGGACUGUUUUUAGCUGUGUGCGGACAAUUAAAAAUGGUUAAAUAGUGUUCAGUUUGACUGGAUGGGGUUGAAAUCAAAAUGCUGCUCUUGUUUGACCAUGCAUUCAGUCCGUUUUACGGUUGCCAGUUACUGGUUGUUGAAAGGUCAGAUUUGAUUCCACUCAUCCCAGAAUUAAAAUUAGAAUAUUCUCCAAAUUUAACACUGAGGUCAUUGAAACUAAUGGACAAAAAGGCAUUUGAGCACCAUAUUAAUGCACAGUCACAGAACGUGUCUUCCGCACUGCGUUUGGGUAAAUAAUGGGAGAUAUUAUAAGCUAGCUUUGUUUUUGGUUGGUAUUAUUGGGAUGUAUUUCCGGGCAUAAUGUCACUGUUAUCUUGCAUAUUUAUUUAUUUCAGCUGGUGUAAAUAUUACGCACAAUGCCUUUGCGAUUUGUUUGUACAAAUGUUUAUUUCCUAUUUUUCUGUUGUACUACAUUAAAAGAAGCUUUGGCACUAUAA